AUGAACUCUAACAAGAUGACCAUAAUGUUCAUUACAAUGAUGAUAGUCAUUGGGAACUUUGUCGUUCAGACAGAAGCUCAAGCUCAAGCUUAUCCUUUUAGAACAUUUACUUGUUUCAUGACUUGUCUUCCUCCUCCAACAUCAAAUAUUCCUUCUCCUCCUUCACAAAUGAUUUUGGCAAACAAAAAAAUUGAUCAUAAUGAUUAUUUCUGUAAACUUGGUUGUGCUACUCAUCAUUGUCUUCCUCUUUCUUCUCUCCAAAAUCCCAAUGUAGAUAAAGUUGCGGACUGUGUGGAUUCAUGCUCAGACAAGUGCUCCAACAAGAACUAA